UCUCUCUCUCUCUGUGCUUCCGUUGGAGAAGAAAACUUGAUGAUUUGAAUCUUCCAAAACCCUAAUUCCACUUCAAUGGUGAUUCUUUCUAUUCGUCCACGCUUCAUUUGAUUCUCAAUCGCAGUAUUAAUCCAGAAACUGAGGUCUAUAAUGCAAGAUGCAAAGCCCAAUUCCAGCGAAUCCGCACCGUUGAUGGCUCAGAAUGAUACUUUAAGAAAUGAUGGGGUCAUCCCUCAGCUAUUUACCUCUGUACCAUCUCUCAACGAAGCUGCUUCUUAUCUUUCUCAGACAACUUCAUUAUUCACACGCUGUUUCUCUGACUAUUCUGCAGAUCUGUCUUCUAGCGAUUCUGGGGUUUCAAAUGAGCAUGCUCAGGAAUUGGUGACCUUUUCUUCUGGACAACCUAGGGGAUCUUUUGCUACAUCUGGUGAUCAUGCGUCCUCAAGUGGAAACCACUCAGCAUCUGCACAGUCAUCUAGUAAUGCAACAGAUGCUCCCUCUGUACUUGAUGGAACACUGAGAAGCUCUGCAGGAGAUUCAUCUCAAAAUUCUAGUGUCCUCGUCAAAUCUGAUCCUAGUGGCCCAGGCGGCAUUUCUAUCUUUCAAGGCCUUGUUGACCGGGUGCGAAGAACUGUUCGCGGGUCUGCAGAUGAUAUAGGAUGGCUACAACGUGAUCCAACAAUGCCCCCUGUUGAAGACGGAACUGAAAGGUUCAUGGAAAUUCUGGGGGAUAUCAGGCAUGGUGUUCACAGAUUGCCAAAUUCGAUGGUUUGUUUGUUGCUUCCAGGUCUUUUCAGCAACCAUGGACCUCUAUAUUUUGUAAAUACAAAAAUGAGUCUCUCAAAGAUGGGUCUGGCCUGUCAUAUAGCCAAGAUUCAUAGUGAGGCUUCAGUUGAGAAAAAUGCUCGAGAGAUAAAAGAAUACAUUGAGGAAUUCUAUUGGGGUUCCAAAAAGCGUGUUUUGCUUCUUGGACAUAGCAAAGGGGGAAUAGAUGCAGCAGCUGCUCUAUCGUUGUAUUGGCCUGACUUGAAAGAUAAGGUUGCCGGGUUGGUUUUAGCACAAAGUCCAUAUGGUGGUAGCCCAAUAGCUACGGAUAUCUUGCGAGAGGGACAGCUUGGUGAUUAUGUGAACUUACGAAAGCUAAUGGAGAUUCUGAUCUGCAAAGUGAUUAAGGGUGAUUUGCAAGCUCUGGAAGAUUUGACUUAUGAAAAAAGAAGAGAAUUUUUGAAGAAACACCCGUUGCCAAAGGAACUCCCUGUUGUUUCAUUUCACACAGAAGCUGCAAUCUCUCCAGCUGUACUAGCUACAUUAUCUCGUGUAGCACAUGCAGAGCUACCUAUGGUUGCUCCUCUUUCUACAGGCCAGCCGGCAAAACUCCCAGUGGUAAUUCCCCUUGGUGCAGCUAUGGCUGCCUGUGCACAGCUUCUGCAGGUCAGAUAUGGCAAGAAGAGUGAUGGACUUGUCACAUGCUGCGAUGCAGAAGUUCCUGGAUCCAUUGUUGUUCGGCCAAAACGUAAAUUAGACCAUGCCUGGAUGGUUUAUUCUUCAUUGACAGAUGACCCUUCUGAAGCAGACGCUUCUCAAGUGUGUGAAGCUCUUUUGACGUUGCUUGUGGAAGUUGGGAAGAAGAAGAGCGAUCAUGCAGACAUGGAGCAGAAGAAGAGCAAUCAUGCAGAUGUCGGGCAGAAGAAAAGCGAUCAUGCGAAAGACGAAUGAGGCUGAAGAACUUACUUUUCAUCUCAUUGUUGUGCUUUUGUUGUAAUAUAGUAAUUUACAUCCUUUAGGGGGUAUGGUUCUCAUGUUUGUAGAUAGCUGAUGCUCGGGUCAACGAAUAGGUUCCCAGGUUUUCCCUUUUUCUAUCUUCUCAUUCUUUUGAUUCAAUUGGAGAAAAGUUGAAUAACUGUUAGACUUAGAAUACAGUGCAAUAGAAGCGGAAGCUCAUCUGUAUUUUUACAGGCUAGGAAGGACGUUGAAAAGUAAUGAACUGUUUUGCUACCACUCUAAAUUUGUAGCUAAAGCGAUAUUUAAUGUUGUA